ACGAACCGCGCCAGGGGUCAGAGUACCCAGAGGCCCCGCCCAGCUGCCGGCACAGCCAAUCGUAGCGCAGCCAGGCGGUGGGGCGGUGCCGGCGGAGCCCAGACCCGAGGUUUUAGAGGCAGAGUCGGGCGAAGCUGGGCCAGAACCGCGACCUCCGCGACCUCCGCAACCUCAAGAGCGGCAUCCGUGGAGUGCGCCUGCGCAGCUACGACCGCAGCAGGAAAGCGCUGCCGGCCAGGCCCAGCUGGGGCCGGACAGGGACUGGAAGAGAGGACGCGGUCGAGGAGUUGUGCACCAGCCCUGGCAACGAGAGCGUCUGCCCUGAGCUCUGCCGGCCUUAAGGUUUUGAAACAUGAAUCCUACAUUCAUCCUCGCUGCCUUUUGCCUGGGAAUUGCCUCAGCUACUUUAACAUUUAAUCACAGUUUAGAGGCACAGUGGACCAAGUGGAAGGCGAUGCACAACAGAUUAUACGGCAUGAAUGAAGAAGGAUGGAGGAGAGCAGUGUGGGAGAAGAACAUGAAGAUGAUUGAACUGCACAAUCAGGAAUACAGCCAAGGGAAACACAGCUUCACAAUGGCCAUGAACACCUUUGGAGACAUGACCAGUGAAGAAUUCAGGCAGGUGAUGAAUGGCUUUCAAAACCGUAAACCCAGGAAGGGGAAAGUGUUCCAGGAACCUCUGUUUUAUGAGGCCCCCAGAUCUGUGGAUUGGAGAGAGAAAGGCUACGUGACUCCUGUGAAGAAUCAGGGUCAGUGUGGUUCUUGUUGGGCUUUUAGCGCUACUGGUGCUCUUGAAGGACAGAUGUUCCGGAAAACUGGGAAGCUUGUCUCACUGAGUGAGCAGAAUCUGGUAGACUGCUCUGGGCCUCAAGGCAAUGAGGGCUGCAAUGGUGGCCUAAUGGAUUAUGCCUUCCAGUAUGUUGCCGACAAUGGAGGCCUGGACUCUGAGGAAUCCUAUCCAUAUGAGGCAACAGAAGAAUCCUGUAAGUACAAUCCCGAGUAUUCUGUUGCUAAUGACACCGGCUUUGUGGACAUCCCUAAGCAGGAGAAGGCCCUGAUGAAGGCAGUUGCAACUGUGGGGCCCAUUUCUGUUGCUAUUGAUGCAGGUCAUGAGUCCUUCAUGUUCUAUAAAGAAGGCAUUUAUUUUGAGCCAGACUGUAGCAGUGAAGACAUGGAUCAUGGUGUGCUGGUGGUUGGCUAUGGAUUUGAAAGCACAGAACCAGACAACAGUAAAUAUUGGCUGGUGAAGAACAGCUGGGGUGAAGAAUGGGGCAUGGGUGGCUACAUAAAGAUGGCCAAGGACCGGAGAAACCAUUGUGGAAUUGCCUCAGCAGCCAGCUACCCCACCGUGUGAGCUGGUGGACAGUGAUGAGGAAGGACUUGACUGGGGAUGGCGCAUGCAUGGGAGGAAUUCAUCUUCAGUCUACCAGCCCCUGCUGUGUCGGAUACACACUCGAAUCAUUGAAGAUCCAAGUGUGAUUUGAAUUCUGUGAUAUUUUCACACUGGUAAAUGUUACCUCUAUUUUAAUUACUGCUAUAAAUAGGUUUAUAUUAUUGAUUCACUUACUGACUUUGCAUUUUUGUUUUUAAAAGGAUGUAUAAAUUUUUACCUGUUUAAAUAAAAUUUUAAUUUCAAAUGUA